GACGGGGCCGCCGCCGUCGCCGCUCGCACUGCCGCCGCUCCGGGCCAGCAACGCCUCGCACACGAUCGGAGGCAAUAAGCACAUGAUGAACGAGCACCUCCAUGUGAGUAGCCACGGACAAAUCCAGAUUCAGCAGCUGUUUGAAGAUAAUAGUAACAAGAGGACGGUUCUGACGACGCAGCCCAAUGGACUUACAACGCUUGGCAAGUCGGGAUUGCCAGUGGUUCAGGAGAGACAGUCGGAGAGUUCUCACAGACGACAAGGAAGCUCCAGCUCUUUAAAAGCUGCGGAUGGGACGGGGAAAGUGAAAGCCUCCGUUAUGACACCAGAGCAGGCAAUGAAGCAAUACAUGCAAAAAUUAACAGCUUUCGAGCAUCAUGAGAUUUUCGGCUACCCUGAAGUGUACUUUUUGGGUCCAAAUGCGAAGAAGCGGCAAGGUGUGGUUGGUGGUCCAAACAAUUGCGGGUAUGAUGAUGACCAGGGGUCUUACGUGCAGGUACCCCACGAUCAUAUUGCAUACAGGUAUGAAGUCCUGAAAGUUAUAGGAAAAGGAAGCUUUGGGCAGGUGGUGAAGGCCUACGAUCACAAGAUGCAUCAGCAUGUGGCACUAAAAAUGGUGAGAAAUGAAAAGCGUUUCCACCGCCAAGCUGCGGAAGAAAUUAGGAUCCUGGAGCAUCUCCGGAAGCAAGAUAAGGAUAACAACAUGAAUGUUAUUCACAUGUUGGAAAACUUCACAUUCCGCAACCAUAUCUGCAUGACAUUUGAAUUGCUGAGCAUGAACCUGUAUGAGUUAAUAAAGAAAAACAAGUUUCAGGGCUUCAGCCUGCCUUUAGUCCGCAAGUUUGCCCACUCAAUUUUGCAGUGCUUGGAUGCUUUGCACAAAAAUAGGAUCAUUCACUGUGACCUUAAACCGGAGAACAUUCUGUUGAAGCAACAGGGUAGAAGUGGUAUUAAAGUGAUUGAUUUUGGCUCGAGUUGUUACGAGCACCAGCGUGUCUACACCUACAUUCAGUCACGUUUUUACCGCGCGCCUGAAGUCAUCCUCGGUGCUCGCUAUGGGAUGCCCAUAGAUAUGUGGAGCUUGGGGUGCAUUCUAGCAGAGCUUCUCACCGGGUAUCCGCUUCUACCCGGGGAAGAUGAAGGAGACCAGCUGGCGUGCAUGAUUGAGCUCUUGGGCAUGCCUUCCCCCAAACUCUUAGAUUCGUCCAAGCGAGCCAAAAACUUUGUGAGCUCUAAGGGUUAUCCCCGCUACUGCACCAUCACCACCCUGUCCGACGGCUCCGUGAUCCUCAACGGCGGGCGCUCUCGAAGGGGAAAGUUGCGUGGCCCGCCGGAGAGCCGCGAGUGGGGCAACGCAUUGAAGGGAUGUGAUGAUCCCCUGUUCCUAGACUUCUUAAAACAGUGUUUAGAAUGGGAUCCUGCUAUCCGCAUGACGCCCAGCCAGGCGUUGCGGCAUCCCUGGCUAAGGAGACGCUUGCCAAAGCCUCCGACCGGGGAGAAGGCCUCGGCAAAGAGAAUUGCAGAGAGCACUGGUGCUAUAACGUCGAUUUCCAAGUUACCUCCGACUUCAAGCUCAGCUUCAAAACUGAGGACUAAUUUGGCACAGAUGACAGAUGCCAACGGAAAUAUACAGCAGAGAACAGUGUUGCCAAAACUCGUUAGCUGAGUUUGAAAAACCCAAUGCUGUUAAUACGAGAGAUACAAUGUGGCUGAGCCUUAUUUGUAUGAAAAAGUAGCUCAGAUUUGUGUUUUUAUUUGCUCAAUAACUUUAUUCAUUUGUAUCUUUCAGCACUCAUUUUAAACGUAAGAAAUGUUGAUUUUGUUUUUAUAAAAAUAUGGGGACAAUGCUUUAAGUUUUUAUACUUAUUUUUUAAGAUGUUUGUCUUCUACAGUACAACUAGCCUUACUGUAACACAGUGUGACACAGUAAUAAACAUCAGUGGCAGGCCACUGGUUACAACGUGACUGUCAUGCAUUACAACGUGGUGUCAAAGGUAUAAACCUUUUUCUUCCAUGGUUCAUCGUAGGUUUCGCUUGGGGUGAGUGUGUUUGACUGUACCUUCUGGAGCUUACAGGUACAGGCCUGGAUCCUGCAGACACUCAUGCCUGGGCCUGGCUUGACUCCAGGGAGAAUACUCAAGUACAGUUAAGCACCUGUAAAACUGUUACUUUGAAAUAGAGCCAUAGCAUGUAAUACUGUCAUUUUCUGCCUGGGAGCCCAGAGAAAGUGGUGCCACUUAGUAAUGACACAGUCACCUUCUAUGAACGC